UUUUAGAAAACCACGUGUGGAGACGACAUUGAAUGUCAUUGGGAUAAAAUGUAUUUAAAGUUGAUUUAAACUGUUAAAUAUUUAUUGUUAUUAAACGUGAAGGCAGGUUGGAGAAGAUUGGGUAUGUUUUCUAAAUCAGUAUCCACGAGAAUAUCGUUCACGACGUUACGAAGGUGUUUUACUUCCCUAGCACAGCCAGCUGAAGCCCGCAAUGUUGGAUGCAUCGAUUCUGUUAACAAAUUUCUAGAUAGAUAUGACACAUUUAUGCUCGACUGUGAUGGUGUUCUUUGGAGAAGCGAUCAUAUCACCCCCGUUCACGGUAUUUCAAAGGCCAUCGAGAAACUUCAGAGUUUGAACAAGCGCGUUUUGUUCGUUACUAACAAUAGUAUUGCGUCGCGUGUAAUGUUGCAACAGAAAUUUCGGAGUUUCGGAUUUGAUUCACCAUUGGAAAAUAUAUUUGGGAACGCACAUAUAGCAGCGGUGUUUCUUAAAGACAUUCUCAGAGUAAAUGGAAAGGUUUAUCUUGUCGGUGGAUCUGGGUUAAAGUGGGAAUUGGACCAACUUGAUGUUGAUAGUGUGGGUUUUGGGUUGGAUCCCGACGUACCAACAUGUGACGAACAAGAAUUACUCAAAUAUUCCUUUGAAGACAACAUUGAUGCUGUUCUUGUAGGACAUGAUGAAUACAUGAGUUACAAUAAAAUUUAUAAAGCAUCUUCUUACAUCUGCGAUCCAAGAUGUCACUUCAUAGCGACCAACAAUGUAGAAAAGGGGAUAUUUAUCGGAAAUGAACCCUCUAAACGUCGAAUGCCGUUAGCCGGCAUGGUGGUGAACGCCAUUGCAGAUGUUGCUGGUAGAAAGCCUGUAGUUGUCGGAAAACCAAACAGAAUAAUGUUUGACUGUAUAUUAAGUAAACAUCAUGACAUAGAUUUGAGCAGGACAAUUUUUGUAGGUGAUCGCCUUAAAACUGAUGUGAAAUUUUCGAAGUCUGUUGGCAUUGACUCUGCCUUAGUUCUGACAGGUGUCAGUAAAACAGAAGACAUUAUUGAUAGUCCAGAACUGAAACCGAAUUACGUAAUGAAUUCUUUGGCAAAUAUCGUCCAUUGAUUUUUUAAAAAUCUAUAUGUCUUUCAUGCAUGCGUAACACGUGCACAACAAUCUUAGCGUUGAUAGCUGAAAUGAAGCAAAAUUGCAGCCGCAAUUUUUCACAAUAUUCUAUUUUUCAUGUAUUCAUGCAUUUUUUAACAAAUCUUUUGUUAUAAGAUUUUUUCUUAAAUCAACAACAACAACAACAACAAUAAAUUUAUUGCAUUAAACAUUUUACAAUGUCUAUAGCAAACUGACAACUCCAACACGAACAUAGCUUUUCGGAAGAUCUUACAUGUACUUAGUUUCUGAUUUUACUUGCAUGGUAUAAGAAUUUGGACAAAUUUAUUAACACAUUUCUAGAUUUUAUUGACAAAAGGUUAGGUAGUUUUUGAAGCGUAGGCCAUGUAAAAUAAUAUUUCUUUAGAUAUUUUUGUCUGAGAUCUUUGUAUUUAGUGCAUAUUAAAAGAUGAUGAAAUUCAUUUUCAACCAAAAAAAUCAUCCCCGUGUAUCAAUGCUUUACAUUGGGCACGUGAAAGAACCAAACGAACUGCUUUAGUUCAUUUGUAUUUCAAACUUUCUUCACUGAAAUUUAACAACGCGAGUGAAAUGUUGGGCACACAGAAAUGUUUACGCGUGGACUGAAAUGAACGCGAUUGAAAUAAAUCAUUGUAAAUUACAAAAGUAUAAAUACCGACAGCUUGGCAUGCCUUACUCUUAUUAGAUUUUUACACCUUUGAUUACAAACGUUUGAAGAAGGAAAUGUCAUUUACGCUCUUGAUUACUCCGAGACAAAAUGUCGGUAUUAACAAAAGAAUAAGAGUUAAAAUAAUUACGUUUGGUUUCCGUAACACCUAGAAGGGAUUCACAAAAUUUUGUAUAAUGUAUAAAAUGAAGGCGUUUUCUGGUCAAGUUAUCACAUGCAACUUGACUUUUGAAAAAUAAAUAUAACGGAUUUCAAAGGAAAGCGCUUUCAUUUUUAUUAUUUCCAGGUAUGUGGAUUUUCGAUGAUUUUUACUGCAUUCUUUUUAUUUUCAUUUCAUGUCAGUUUUGCUCAUCACAUUGUACGUAAUUAUGUUUUUACCUUUGGACAUUAUUAUUAUAAUUAAUAAAACAAAAUAGGGAGGAGGGGGGAGUGGGUGACCAAAUUCUAAAGCAAAUGGGGUAUACGUUUUUACCAAAAUGACUCGGGAGUGGUGGGAGGGGUGGGGGGCGCGUUGACUAGGAGACGUAUUGAUUAAGGGGUGUUUUGACUUGAUACCUUUAUUAAUUGAUCAGAUGCAACUUGACUUUCGAAAAAUAAAUAUUACGGAUUUUAAAUUCUAUUAUUUCAUAUUUCACGAUCUGUGACAUUGAAAUCUUUUAUUAGCUGUGACUGUGUACUUGCUACAAAUGGGUAUAUAUUUAUAAUUUACUGGAUGGUGGAUUCUGCUUUAGGCUGUUUAUUAGUUUUACUUGAACUUUUCAGCCAGAGGCUUGGGAUACAUGUAUCAGAAUACUCGUAUUUCAGUUGUAUUGCUGAUGAAUCUCAGAUUAAUGGAAACAUGUACAUUGUAAUUUUUGUAAGAAUUUUCAGCCAAAUGCUUUUACUUUUCACAUGUAGAUUUUAUCAAAUAACAAUUAAUGCGCGUAUUUUGAAUAGCACUUUAGUUUUAUAUGUAAUAGUUCUUAAGAUUAAAAUUCUUUUUGGCAAUUUCAGUGCGGUCUAAAUUUUGAAUCUACUCGUUCAAGUUGUUGUUUGUUGCGAUAUUUUGAACAAACAGUUUGAAAAUUAAUACAAGAAGUUGAUUGCCAUGCUAUCAGUUGUUGUAAUUUUGCUUGUCUCUGAAUCUCUGUUCUAUGCGUAGCUGUGUCACAUUUUCUUCGCAAAAAUACUCAGAUUGAACUCUAUAUUUAUACAUUUAUACACAUUGUACUAAUGAUAUUGCUAUUUUACUAAAACCACUUUCUUUACAAAUUGC